CUCCGCCCCCUGGCGGGCCGGCCGGGGCCCGAGGGCCGGGGCCGUGGACGCGGCUAGCAGCGGGGUGGCCGCGGCUCGCGCAGCGCCGCCAUGGAGCCGGGCUCCCUGUCCCUGUGGGCGCGCCUGAGCUACGCCGUGGGCCACUUCCUCAACGACCUGUGCGCGUCCAUGUGGUUCACGUACCUGCUGCUCUACCUGGACUCGGUGCGCGCCUACAGCUCGCGCGGCGCCGGGCUGCUGCUGCUGCUGGGCCAGGUGGCCGACGGCCUGUGCACGACCCUCGUGGGCUUCGAGGCUGACCGCGCCGCCGGCCGCUGCGCCCGCUACGGCCCGCGCAAGGCCUGGCACCUGGUCGGCACGGUCUGCGUCCUGCUGUCCUUCCCCUUCAUCUUUAGCCCCUGCCUGGGCUGCGGUCCCGCCACGCCCGAGUGGGCCGCGCUGUUCUACUACGGCCCCUUCAUCGUCAUCUUCCAGUUUGGCUGGGCCGCCACGCAGAUCGCACACCUGAGCCUCAUUCCCGAGCUGGUCACCAGUGACCAUGAGAAGGUGGAGCUGACGGCCCUCAGAUAUGCCUUCACCGUGGUGGCCAAUAUCACCGUCUACGCCACCCAGUGGCUGCUGCUGCACUUCCAGGGCCCCGUGCCCUCGGGUGCUGCCCCUGACGCCAGUGACCAACUGGGGCCCCAGGACGCACCUGCCUUCCGGAACCUGUCCCUGCUGGUGGUGGGCGUGGGCGCCGUCUUCUCUCUGCUCUUCCACCUGGGGACCCGCGAGGGCCGCCGGCCGCCCCCCGACGCCGUGCCGGAGGAGCCGGGGGAGCACAGUCCGCUGCUGGCGCCCACCCAAGCCCGCCCGCUGAUGCUGUGGAAACACUGGCUGCGGGAGCCGGCCUUUUACCAGGUGAGUUUCCUGUACAUGAACACUAGGCUGGUGGUCAACCUGUCGCAGAUCUAUCUGGGUCUCUACCUCACCUACACCCUCAACCUGCCCAAGAAGUUCACCGCCACCAUCCCACUGGUGAUGUACCUCAGCGGCUUCUUCUCCUCCUUCCUCAUGAAGCCUGUCAACAAGCAUAUGGGGAGGAAUCUGACCUACUUCAUCGGCCUGCUGCUGGUCCUGACCUUCGCCUCCUGGGUGGCGCUGGCUGACGUGCAGGGCGUGGCUGUGUACGCCGUGGCCGUGCUGCUGGGCUCGGGCUGCGCCACCAUCCUCAUCACCUCGCUGGCCAUGACUGCCGACCUCAUCGGCCCGCACACGCACAGUGGGGCCUUCGUGUACGGCGCCAUGAGCUUCUCGGAUAAGGUGGCCAACGGGUUGGCGGUCAUGGUCAUCCAGAGCCUGCAGCCGUGCGCGUCGGAGCUGCGCUGCCGGGCCUUUGGCCCCUUCUACCACUGGGCGAUGGUGUCGGUGACUGGGGGCGUGGGCGUGGUGGCCACGCUGGCCCUCUGCAGCCUGCUCAUCUGGCCCAUCCGCCUGCACAGCUGGGAAGCUGCUGCCCAGUCCUGACCCCGCGGACACCCACCCUGCCCGGCCCCCUGGCGCCCAGGGGUGCCCCACUACCAGCCCUGACCUGGGGGUGGCCUCGUCUCCGGCCCCUGGCGACCAGGAGGGCCCCCCCCUCCGCUCACGGCCCGGUGGUCACUGAGCUGUAGGACUCUGGGGGGCGCGCGGGGGCGCGAAUGAACUGCCGAGGGGCCGGGGCGGGCGCCUUUAUCAGCGGGUGGGAGUGUGGGCGGGGGGCGCCAGGCGCCCGGUGGCUGGGCAGUAGGGGCGCAGGUUCCAGUGCCGGAAGUCCUGCAGGGUGUAGGGGGGCCGCUGGGGCGCCGAGAGCUGGGGCACGUGCCCCGCCGGCCGCAGGUCCACCCCGAACCGGUUCCUGUCGACCACUGUGGGGCAGGGGUGUGGCGGGGUGGGGUGUCAGCUCGGCCCGCCCCCGCCCCCUGCCUGGUGCAGGCACCCCCAGCCUUGCCUCCCACCCCCUUCACCCAACUUUGUUUUCCUUUUUUGCGCCACACCCGGCCGUGCACAGGGGGUUACUCCCGGCAGUGCUUGGGGGACCCUGCGGGAUGCUGGGGGUCGAACCCGGGCCGGCCGCGUGCAAGGCAAGCGCCCCCCCCCCCCCCACUCACCGAACUCUUUGCCGCGCAGGGGCCGGUCCCUCCAGAGCACGCUGCUCCACUGCGUGUUGGGGUCCCGGUACUUGGACGGCAGCACCGGGUCGUACCAGGCCGUCUCGCGCAGGCGCUGGGUGUAGGCUGCGGGAGGCCAGGCGGGGUCCGGCGGGGCAGGGGCAGCGCCCAGGGCGGCCCCCCCCACCCUCCCCGGGCGGGCGCGGGCGCUCACCGGCGGGCAUGCCCCGUUCCUGGUGCCGGUGGCAGCCGUGCCAGUGGCUGUGCGCCUGGCGGUAGAUCUGGUGCAGGCAGCGCGGGAAGGUGAACCAGGCCUCGCGCGCGUCCGUGUUGGUCAGGCCCGUGUACCAGGCCUGCGGCGCCGCGUCCCUGCCCAUGGGCGUGAGCUUCCAGCGCGUGGCCUGGCAGAUGGCGGGCAUCCAGCGCGGCCCCUCCACCGACAGAUAGUCGUCGCUGCGGGCAGGCGGGCAGGGCUCAGCUCGGACCCGCAGCCAGAGCCCUGCAGCGCCGGCCCCCAUGGGGCUCCCCUGGUUUGUUUUUUAUUUUUGCUUUUUGGGUCACACCCGGCGAUGCACAGGGGUCACUCCUGGCUCUGCACUCAGGAAUCACUCCUGGCAGUGCUCAGGGGACCCUAUGAGAUGCUGGGAAUCGAACCCGGGUCGGCUGCGUGCAAGGCAGAGGCCCUCCCCACUGUGCUAUCCCUCCGGCCCCGCCCCUGUUUUUUUUUGUUUGUUUUGUUUUGGGCCCACACCCGCCAGUGCUCAGGGCUGACUCCUGGCUCUGUGCUCAGGAAGCACUUAUGGUGGGGCUCAGGGGGCCCCGGGGUGGGGGGGCCGGGGAUCGAGCCUGGCUCGGCUGCGGGUAAGGCCGGCGCCCUGCCCACUGCUUGGUCCCCCUGAGCCCCUUGGGACGCGGGGGUGCAGUCGCCCUCUACCUUUCCACAGCCUGACCUCUGACCCAGGCGGCCCCAGGACCGACCUCCACUGGAGGUGCAGGCUGAGUGGCCAGGGCUGCAGGCGGGGGCCCAGGGUGAGCAUGUGGGGGGCAGCGGGGGGCCAGGCCCCCGGUUCCCUCAGGACGGGGGUGGUAGAGGCUGCCGGGAGACCAGCAGGAACCUUCCAGAAUGCCUGGCUCAGAGCUCUCCCAGCUGCUCCCCCUGGGGUGUGUGUGUGGGGGGGUAUCCAAAUCUGGCUGGACCCCACCCCCGCUCCCCACCCCGUCUCCCUACACCCCUCCCCGUGCACCCAGCCCUGGCGGGAACUCUGCCCGGGGAGGCCCCAGUGUCCCCUGAAACCCACCUGCCUGGCUCUUUGUGGAAAUAAAUGAGCCAGCUAAGACCUAAGCUGGCGACUUCGGA